AUGCAUCCUACAACAUAAUUGCUUUAAGAAGCCAGAGACAGAGUAACAUUUCCUACUCAAGAGCUAACCAAAUUACUCUAUGGGAAUGAAGAGAUUUAUGAAACAUUUAUGAAAGCCUAAAAGGUUAUCGCUAGUGAGCCAAGUAUCAGAAAUCAUCCUGAUUAUCACAAUUGGGGACGCAAAGAAUAGAUUAUCAAAUCAUAUGAAAAACUAAGAAUCAUGCAUUAGCAUUUAAAUCUUGCAAAUUCAGCUCAUUGGGCACCUAUGUUGAGUUUAUUCUAAGGUACAACUCCUUCAGCUGUAUCAUUUGGAAUGACUGUUCCAGCUUUGAGAUUCCUUGGUACUGAUGAAUAAUUCAAUCUCUGGGGUCCUAAGUUUCUAACGAUGGAAAUUGUAGCUGCUUAUGCCUAGACGGAAAUUGGUCACGGAAGUGAUGUAUAGAAUUUGGAAACCACUGCAACUUAUGAUUCAUAGACUAAUGAUUUUGUUUUGCAUACACCUUCAGUUCAAGCUGUUAAAUUUUGGCCAGGAGAACUAGGAUUUUUAUCAAAUUACGCACUUGUCUAUGCAAAGUUGAUAUUCAAUGGUAAGAAUAAGGGAGUUCAUCCUUUUAUGGUCUAAAUAAGAGAUAUCUCAACUCAUAAGCCAUUGAAAGGUGUUGUAGUUGGAGACAUAGGACCUAAAUUAGGAUAUUCCACAAAAGAUAAUGGAUUCUUGGCAUUUGAGAAUUACAGGAUUCCACUCAAUAGUUUAUUAGCAAGGUAUGUUAGAAUUGAGAAUGGACAAUUUUCUAGACACGGGAAUGAAAAGAUAUCUUAUGCAUCAAUGAUGGUAUCUAGAUAAUUAAUAAUUUUCAUUUAUCCAAGAAUGGCAGCUUAAAGCUUGACAGUGGCAAUUAGAUAUUCAAUAACGAGAUAACAAUUCACAAAUGAUAAAAGAGAAGAGAACUCAGUCCUUGAAUAUUAAACAUAAUAAGAUAAAUUAUUGCCAAGAUUGGCCACAUGUUACGGAAUGAUCUUUGCUGGCUUAAGAAUCAUGGAAUUGGUUGAUGAUAACUUCCAUCGAGUGUUAAAGAAAGAUUUCAGUACAUUAUAAUAAUCACAUGCUAUUUUGAGUGCUCUAAAAGCUUGGUCUUCAUAAUGGGUUGUUGAUACAGCUGAAUGGUGUAGAUUAUCAUGUGGUGGACAUGGUUAUGCACACUAUUCAGGAAUUCCAGCCAUCUAUUUUGACACUGCUCCAAAUGUUACAUUGGAAGGAGAGAAUCAAGUUAUGUAUCUUUAAGUCGCAAGAUACUUGCUUAAAGUAUUACAAUACGUAGAAAAAAAUCCAGAAAAGGUUCCAUUUUAUUUCAACUUUGUGUUACACAUUAAAGAAACAUUGGCCAAUCAAAGUACAGAUUUAGGAUAAUUGCUCAAAUUGACUCUUACCCUUUAAUUAAUAAGUGUUGCUAAGAAGAUUAAGGAUAAUAUGAGUACAGGCAAGAAUUUCUAAUAAAUUUGGAAUGAAGUUGUAGGAGUUCAAUUAUUAUCUGUGGCUUAAAGAUAUGCUGAAUAUUUCACAUAUUUAGUAUUUUAGGAAUACAUUUCCAGUGCUAAUCCAUCAGUUAAGGAAGUAUUGUAACAAAUGUGUGAUUUAUAUUCACUGUAAGUAAUUUUGGAUAAUCCAAACACCCUUAUUGAAUCAGGUAGGAUAACAGUUGAGUAAUUCAAGCAAUUUAAUGAAACCAAAAUUGAAUUACUCAAUAAACUGAAGCCAUAAGCCUUGGGUUUAGUUGAGGCUUUCAAUUUCUCUGAUAAUGCUUUGAGAACUUGCAUUGGCUGCCAUGAUGGAAAACCGUAUGAAUACAUUUAUGAUUGGGCCACAAAAGAGAAUUCAGUUAAUAUCAAAGGAGUACCUUAAGCUGUGAAUGACUUGAUGGGCACAAAAAUCAAAGCUAGAUUAUGA